CAACUAUUGUCACAGAAUAUAUGACCAUAUAAAAGCUCUAAUAAUGUCUGGACAUUUUUAGUGGCUCAGCGGUCUAGUGGUCCCCUAAGAUUUUGUCAAAACUAUUGUCGCAAGCGAAAUCUAGCUACCAACAGCGUCAUGACGAGCAAAAUCUCCAAGUCCGCAUUUCAAGGACUAGCAAAAAAGAUACGCGAGAACGCAGACUCCCUCAAAACUCUUCAGUUUGCCGACAAUGCAACUAGCAAAACUGCUGUCAAAACCAAAGAUCUCCGGUUCGACGUCCACCGAAACACCCAAGAUACGACAAUGGCUACUGGCAUAAUUCAAGCAAACAGUCAGGCAACCGACAAUACUGUUAAAGAAUUCAUCAAGGGCAAAACUGGAGGCCACAGUGGUACUCACCAGGUAAUUGGCCAGAAAAUACGCUUUGGGUUGGGAGACAAUUUCAAUGUCGAGGAACUUGCGACAGCCGUUGAAAACACAAAGUAGUGGCGCCCAUAAAGGUAAUGGU